AUUUACAGUCGUUGUCUCGUCAAGUAGCUCAUGUGUUUUUUUCUUAUUAGAAGUUUGGAUUUAAUGUCGGAAUCAAAUGGUCGGGAAGUCGUGUUUGCAAAUCUUUGAUUCGUUCAACUUGUUUUGAUUGAUGAUACGUAUAAUGAGUUUCUGGAUCUCUCGAGGUCUUAGUUGAAAUUGUUGAAGCAAUUAGUGGACAUGUUCUAAUUGUGGUUUUUUAUCGUUUCCAGACAUCUUCAAACAAAUGUCUUUCUUCUGCACCAAACUUGCGGUUUUACGAAACAGAAAUGUUCCAAUGCUGCUCUCUUCACUCCGGUACAUGUCCACAAAGCUUUUCAUUGGUGGCCUAUCGCCCGGAACUGACGACCACUCCUUGAAGGAUGCUUUCUCUACCUUCAACGGAGUUACAGAGGCAAGAGUCAUGACUAACAAAGUGACUGGGAGGUCUAGAGGUUAUGGAUUUGUUAACUUCAUCAGUGAGGAUUCCGCCAAGUCCGCUAUUUCAGCUAUGGAUGGGCAGGAGUUGAAUGGGUUUAACAUCCAUGUGAACGUUGCAAAAGAAUGGCCAAGCUUGCCAUUGUCUUUGGAUCAGGGAGCUAUAGAAGAUGAGAAGAAAAGCAAUAAGAUGGUGAGCCGAUCUGUAUGGAAAGAUCCAUUCGUUGAUGCGUUCUUGAUGAAGAAGAAAAACGGGGCUCUGAACAGGAAGAUAUGGUCAAGGAGAUCUACAAUUCUGCCAGAGUAUGUUGAUUCGUCGGUGAGAAUCUACAAUGGCAAAACUCAUGUGCGUUGUAAGAUCACUGAAGGGAAAGUUGGGCAUAAGUUUGGAGAGUUUGCGUUUACAAGGAAAGUGACCAAGCAUCCUAGAGCAAAGUAAGUGUAGUUCUUGAGAAAUGAGAAUUGGUCACAGCUUGAGAUGAACCAGAAACGAAUCAAUAAGAAUACUGAGCAGUUAAGCUUUGAAGUCUAUUUAUCAGACUCUGAAGCUGUGCUAGUGUUUUUGAUGAUUCAUGAAACCUGAGGAAACUUUUGUAACACUGUUGAUCCUCCAAAGUGUUUUUGUUGUUGUUUUUGAUUCUUCUGGUGAUACUAGUAUGAGACAUUUGAUCCACUUUAAGGCCAAGAUAGCCAUUAACAAUGUGGAAUAUCAAUUUAAAGUC